ACAGAUAACGAUAUUAUUUAUAGAAAUGUCUAAAAAUGUCUUUCAUGAUCAUGGAGUGUUUGUGAGUCCUUUUAACGUCAGCUCAUACUUUUAAUGUAACUGGCUGCACUCCACGCGCCGCCGGCUCCAGUGCGCAGUCGUACAGUUCCAGUUGUUGUGCAUUCCACAGCACAGCGCAGUCACCGCUGGCCAAGAGCGACAGGACAGCGCCUUUAAUCACCAAAAGAGCCACGGGAGUUGUUUAAUUUAUUUUCAUUUUCAGUAACUUUUUCGUUUGUUUUCAUUUGCAUCAUUAACAUUGGAAAGCGCACUGGAUAUUUGAAGAAGAGCGUUUAGCACCUUUAGUAGCCUAAGUGUUCUUGGAGCUUCGAUUGAGGAUGACAGACAUCGUUUAGGCAAUGGACACUGAGCCAAACUACCCUGCGAGUGCCCUUGAACCGGAGUCAGAUCAGAGCCUUGAUUCUCCAAAGAGCCCGCCCCUGGACUUGAUUGACACAGGAAAAGUACUGAAAGUUCAAACAGCCUCCCCUCACCUGGUCAGCCUGGGCAGCGGAAGACUUAGUGUGGCCAUAACUCUACUACCUCUGAAAGAAGGAGUGACAUGCAUAGGCCGUGAUGAUGCCCCUGUACCUCAGGACAUAAUUAUCGAGGGACCCGGCAUUGAAGCAGAACACUGCAAAAUCAAGAACAGACGAGGGGUCAUCACUCUGGACCCCUGCGGAAACCUGUGUUCACUCGAUGGGGUCCCUGUCACCAGGCCCACACAACUCACACAAGGUUACACACUCUGUCUGGGUAAAUCCUGUACCUUUCGUUUUAACCAUCCUGAGGAGGCAAACCGAAUGAAGAGCAUGUUGCCUCAGAAGAGUCCAGUUUCUCCUCUGGUGUACAGCACAGAUUAUCUGAAGUUCAGCAGUGACUUUAGUCAAUGUCUGGGUGGAACCAACUCUAGAGGCAUGCGCUCUGUAUCCGAACUGCGGGAUUUGAUGGACACUUUACAGAAAAAGAAACAGGCAUUAGAGAACAGCUUGCGAGCCAAUGGUGACUCUAGCCCCUCCUACUUUAGCAUGACACAGUCUCCGCCCACCACACAGAGUCUGGUGUCACCCGUCACCUCCUCCUCCCCAACAACAUCCUAUCAAGAACAAGCCAGGCGAUUGUACUGCUCAGAACGGCCUCCACUUUCGAACAAAGUUCCUGCCCAUUUGUCCAACAGUAUGCCUCCCUCACCGUGCCAUUCUGACCCCCGCGAGCACGAAACAUUGCUUCCUUACACGCGACCCAUGUCUCGUAACCAAUCUCAGGAUAGUCUGCUCCUCUCUAUUUCGGACAGUCGACAUGCUGCAUCUUCAGGCUCUUCUCUCUGGAACGGAUCGUACACCAGUACAGCCGAUUUCCUUGCCCAAUCAUCAGGGGGCAGUAGUGGGGCAUCCAGCAUGCCGUCAAGUCCCCGUCUGGCUCGGAGAUACCACGCCCUAGACACAGGGCAUAAUGGUGUGCUCGAGCCCACUCCCCAACAAAGGAAGUACUCCGCUGAGUUGCUUACUGGCAUGAGCUCACACAGUCGCUCCCUACCACGCCUCUAUCAACCUGCUGACAACCAGUUCAAACUCCCACCAACCUAUCGAUCUCCCGAUAGCCACCCUCCUCGCCCGACUGGCAUCCUUGAGCCCAACCACCAAAAUGAGCAUUCCAAAGUGGUCUCCAUUUCCCUUUCCACCAAACCUGGUACCAAGCACACUGUGACCCCUCCAGAUGUAACCAUGAUCUCAGCAAAAGCCACCAGUCCUCGCCAGGCCAAGAAGGUGAGUCUGACCUCUACCAGCUCCUACUCUGAACUGGAUGAGCAAGCACUACAUGGUUCCUCCCAAGUUCUGGAGAUCGGUCUUGGGGAGAGGAGGCAGUCAUUUGGGAAGUCAGGGCUGGGUCCGCACAGUGGCUUCAGGGAGAGGAAGGGCAGCAUCAGCUCUCUCAGCGGAAAAGAAGAGCUUCUAGACUACCAUCAGAGACAGAGAGACGAAAGACUGAGGGAACAGGAGGUUGAGAGAUUGGAACGUCAGCGUUUGGAGACUAUUUUGAAUCUGUUCUCCAAGCUGGGCCGCACAGGGCAGGACAAAACUGGCUCGGCCGUCGCAGACUUGCAGAAGAUCAACAAGGAACUGGAGAAAUUACAGGUGUCAGAUGAUGAGCCUGUGUUUUCAGAUUCUGCAAGUCUCUCAGCCAGCAUUUCCGCAGAAAAUGACUACGGGCCCAAAGCCCGGAAGUCCCAGGCCAGUGAGGAGAGGCAGGUACGGCAGUGCAGGAGCAGUAGACAUAGAGAAUUUAGGGUGGAGUCAGCGGCUGUCCUUGGCUCCGCCCCCAUGCCUUCUCCUCGGCUGACAGGGACACACAAGCAGUCACCUGAAGAAGACGCACAGCUGAAGCUGGAAGUGAGAAGUAUCGAGGAGGAAAGAAUACAGGUCCUGAAUAAUAUAGAAGAACUGGAGCUGAAGAUCAAAGAUCUGGACAACCAGAUGGAGGAGUCCAACAGAGAGUUGGAAGUGGAGCGUGCUCUAUUGAAGGGUGAGCAGGAUUCAGAGACCGCUCAACUACAGCAGGAGAAAGACAUUUUGGAGCAACUUAAAGACAAGAUGGCUGACAUAGAGAACAAGGCGCAGACUGAAAAAUCUCAGGAUGCAGAGAUGCUAGAGGUAGAGACCAAGAGUUUUGAAGAUCUGGAGUUUCAGCAACUGGAUGAGGAGAAAGAGACUCAGACUCAACAGAUUCUCAGGGAAAUCGCAGAAUACCAGCGGAGCACUGUUACGCGAAAGGAGAGACUCCAGGCCCUGAAGAAACAGUACACCCAGAUUUCGCAGCAAGCUCAAAGGGACAAGGAGAGCUUUGUAAAGGAAAAGAAUAAUCUUCAGAUGAUGCUGCAGCGGGAAAAGGACAGUCUUGUCAACUUGGGGAAGAAAUAUUCUGAGCUCACUGGUGCGCUGGGUUUCCCUGUCAGUCCCAUCAGUAUGAAGGAGGUCUGCUUCCAAUUGGCCGACGUGUGUCUGCCAUAUAGUGAAUUGUGCCAUGCCCACAAAACCCCAUCUCAACUUCCUGCUGACCUCCUGUUGUUUUCUUCUCUUCUCUCCUCUCUGUCUAUCAAAAAUGCAGAGGGCUAUGUUACAGUCAUUGAGAUCAAUGAACUGUACUCUGACCUGGGGGUAGACCCCACCCCAGCCCCCCUCCCCACCCAAGCCCAGCACUCCUCUGAUGCCCCUGCCACAGGGACUGAUCCUGACCUUGACCCCACACCUGCGGAGAGCAAUGCCCCACCAGAGAGGCAUUUCCGCACCCUGGAGGAAAGGAAGCGGUACGGUAAAGAGGGCGCAGCUCAUUUGAGUGACACUCUUCCUCGGAAGAAGACCCAGCCCACCGUAACCCCACAGUUCAACUGUGCCACCCUGGGACGUAAUAUACCCUCAAAUUCUCAUCCACCUUUAGCUCAAAGCUCCAGCUGCGGGAGCGUGUUGAAUCGAGCCCUCGCCAUCUCCCCUAAAGGCACACACAUGAAAACACACCGCCUGCACAAGGGGCACAGUCAGCAGCACAUCGGUGAGGAGCACCAAACAAGGUUGAGUGAUCUUAGUGGCCGGGCAUCGUCGCAGACCAAUGUCUAUCUCGACUCCUACGGUUAUCAAGAUAACGGACAUCCCUUCGACACACUAAGUGUGGACAGCUCGGACAGUAUAGAGACCAGCAUCUCCGCCUGCUCACCUGACAAUGUCUCCAGCGCCAGCACCUCCAAUGUUUUGAAGAUCGAGGAGAUGGAACGUCUUCUCCGGGAAGCUCAGAUGGAGAAGCACCAGCUCCUGGAAUACAGGGAAAGAGAGAUGGAGAGCAAGAGCAGAGCUCUUGAAGAGGAGAGGAGAAGACGAGAAGAGCUGGAAAAGCGAUUGCAAGAAGAAACCAGCAGGAGACAGAAACUCAUCGAGAGAGAGGUGAAACUUCGUGAGAAACAGCGAGCACAGUCUCGUCCCCUGACACGCUACCUACCUGUAAGAAAGGAUGACUUUGACCUUCGAGGCCAUAUCGAGUCGGCCGGACACAACACCGAAAUCUGUUACCAUGUUUCCAUCACAGAGAAAACCUGCAAGGGCUUCCUCAUAAAGAUGGGCGGCAAAAUUAAAACCUGGAAGAAGCGCUGGUUUGUCUUCGACCGGAACCGCAGGACGUUGUCCUACUAUGCAGACAAACAUGAGGCCAAACUGAAAGGAGCGGUUUAUUUCCAGGCCAUAGAGGAAGUGUAUUAUGACCACUUAAAGAGUGCCCACAAGAGUCCGAACCCUUCCUUAACGUUCAGUGUGAAGACUCAUGAUCGGGUGUACUACAUGGUGGCGCCCUCUCCAGAGGCAAUGAGAAUCUGGAUGGAUGUUAUCGUUACAGGGGCGGAGGGAUACACUCAAUUCAUGAUUUAGAUGAUGUCCACCAGCUAGGAAGGAGGAAUGUGUUUGGAAUGAAAACCACCGGACUUGCUCUGCACUCUUCCACACGCUGGUUUUAAUACUGCCCCCCAGCGCUAGUUUUAUUUUCUUAUAAUAAACAUUUAUGAACUGCUUUUGAUCCAGUCUCAAUCCACAAUAUUGAAGCUUUACCUUUUGCUGCCUUUGUACCUUUUUAUAAAACAUGAACGUUUACUCGGCAGCCCAGAGAAUGGAAUGGAGCACAUAUCCCAUAAUUGCAAAUGUUAGAUGCGUGCAUGUGUUUGUGCCUGUGUCUUUUGGUAUUUCUUUGGUAUGUGUGUGAAAAGAGUUGGACGUGUUAAAUGAUAUUCAGUGCCAUUGUGCCACGUUGUGUGUGGUCUGUUUGCUACUUUGUGUACAGGACCUCAGGGACACACAUUAUAUUCAUAAACAGCUGUCAGCUGUUUCUGCCAAAGAUAUGAACACACUGUAAAGUUUUUGUAUAGGUGUGUGUGUGUGGUUUAUGAGGAAGUUUUUUUAGGUUACAAACUGAUAAUUACAAGGGUAUUAUUCUAUAAAUGUGGUUUAUGAGGACAUUUCUAGUGUCCCCAUAAUUCAAAUUGCUUAAAAAAACAUACUAAACGAUGUUUUUAUGAAAAUGUAAAAAUGCAGAAAGUUUUUUGUGAGGUUAGGUUUAGUGGUAGGGUUAGGGGAUAGAAUCUAUAGUUCAUAUAGUAUAAAAAUCAUUAUGUCUAUGGAGAGUCCUUGUGUGUGUGUGUGUGUGUGUGUGUGUGUGUGUGUGUGUGUGUGUGUGUUUGUUACAGUGCCUUCAGUUAUACUGAUAUGCCUUCAUAACUCAAUAUUUACAUACUAAUCAAAAGUGCUAAGAGACAAACUUGCGUUUUUAUCUCUUUAAAUUGUUAUUGAAACUUUUCUAACGCUAGUUACACAUUUUAACUAUUUUUAACCUGCUUGCAAUUCAGGUAUUAUGCAGACUCCAAAGGAUAAAUGCAACUUCUGGUUGUUCACGUUGAAUUAUGGCACACAUAAUGAUAUAUUUCUGAUAUAUUUUAUCAUUCUUAAUAUGUAAAAUGUGCAUUUUACAGUACAUGGACUGUAUUCAAUGCUUUUUGGCCCAUUUUCUGGCUAUGAUUACGCAAAUACAGUCUGUAGAAUUGGCAUGCAGUGCCACACAUGACAGAAGCCAUCAGAAAACCAAAAACACCUUCUGGUUAACUGAUGAUUCUUCUGAUUUAAAAGGAGAGUUCAUCCCCUAAAAUGUCAUCAUUAACUCAACCUCAUGUUGUUCAAACCCAUUUGAAUUUUUUCUGUGGAGCAUAAAAUUAGAUGUUAUGCAGGAAGACAGCCACAGUCACCAUCCACUUUCAUUGUAUGGAAAAAAAAUAUGCAAUGCAUGUCAAUGGCGACAGAGACUAACAUACUGCUUAACAUCUUUUGUGAUUUACAGAAGAGUGGAUGUCAUAUGGGUUGGAACAACAUGAGGGUGAGAAAAUGAUGACAGAAUUUUAAUUUUGGGGUGAACUGUCCCUUUAACUUCUAGUGAAGCCACUAUUACCACAUGUCCUUAAUGUCUUUUAUAGAUUGUAUAUAUAUAUAUAUAUAUAUAUAUAUAUAUAUAUAUAUAUAUAUAUAUAUAUAUAUAUAUAUAUAUUUUUUUUUUUUUUAAGUACAAGUUCAAUCCGACUGAAUUCUAAAACAGUUUCAAUACCACCAGUAGGGGGAGAUAGCCGUCUGAUAUAUUUGUAUUAACUGUUAGUCAUAGGCUUGCAUCUGUGAAUUAGCCUGCAGUCUGUUUUUGCUGAGCUGAUUUGAAUUUCCUGUUAAUACUCUUUGUGACAAAUAUAUAUACUUUUGUUUACCAUGCAUGCACCUUUAUUUUUGCAUACAGCAAAAUAAAGCAAAUGAAUACUGUUAUUGUGAUCUAUUUAUUCUUAAUCAUUAAACAGAAGAUGUUAUUACAGCUCCAGUCAACCUCAACUGUGGUUCCCUUACGACUCAGUACACUUGACAUUGCAUUUAUUAACUGGACUUGAUUUGAGUUAUAACAGGGAUAAGAGUAGAUUUGUCUGGUUGUUUAAAAGAUUACAGCAGAGAUUGGAUGUUUUGCCAAGUCUGAUUACUUUAAACUCUCUUCUCUCACAUUAAACAUUUGAUUAAUGGCAGAUGGAAUAUUUACACAUGCAUUAUCAUUUAAACUUCCCACAAACACACAAUUUGCAUGCAUGUGUAUGUGCUUCCAGGCAUGCUCUAAUUUUUGCAUGCAUGGCCUGGUUAGUAUGAAAAUAUUGGCCUUAUGUUGUCUCAUAUCAUGCAUUCUGUGAUGUUCUGUAUACGGUUUUUAUUUGUGGGAACACUGUCCUUUACUUGUCCUUCCUUUGUGGGAAGAAUGUGUGCAAAGGAUGCUUUGGUGAGGUGAACACCAAACACCACUCCUCCUAUCACCAUAUUUCCACUGUCCGUCAGUUUCAAUAACUUCCCUCUUUCAUUUUGCUCAGUUUUUCUUCUGUUGUC